UGGCAACACUGGUGGUUAUACAAAAAUGUAAAUUCUGUGGUUAGUUAUACAAAAAUGUAAACAAUUUUGAAUUUAAAAUUGAAACUGGGUUUUUUAUAUAAUUAUGGAUACUACAAAAAAAAUUAAACAGUGGAAGGCUUUUGAUUUUGGACCUUUAACAAAAAAAGAUAGUCCAAAAUCCACUUAUUCCUCUAAAGAAAUAAAUGUAUCUAAUAAAAACAUUUCAAAACCGUUUGUCGUGAGAAAAUCUUUCAAUUUCCAUGAAAAACUAUCGCCAAAAUCUAUUUCCGAACUUGCUGUACAUCCGAAAAAAAUUCAAGAAGUCGAAGAAUGGUUUAAAUGGAAUGUCUGUCAGAAUAAAUCAGAAACUUCAAAAUUCCUUCUGUUGUCAGGCCCUACUGGCUCUGGAAAAACAGCUACAGUUUCAGUAUUAUGUAAUAUUCUUGACAUUUCAAUAUCUGAAUGGGUAAAUCCCAUAGACCAAGAAUAUGAAUAUAGAGGAAUGAAACAAAUCGAUUAUUUCAUAGAAUUCCUUUCAGAAUCUAAAUAUAAUUCGCUGUUUGAAACAUCUCGUCGUAAUAGAAUAACAUUGGUCAAAGAUUUUCCCAACAUUGUGAUACAGAAUCCUGAGCAAUUUUUUGAGAUUUUGGAGUCUUGCAAGUAUAAAACUAGACAACCGAUUAUUUUCAUAUGUACAGAGGCAAGCACUGCCAGAUUGAACUUACAGAGAACCUUAUUUCCAGAUGAAAUUUUACAAAAAUUUGAUGUAACUCACAUUAGUUUUAAUGCAUGUGCACCAUCAUUGAUGAAGAUAGCUCUGAAAAGAGCUCAAGAAUUGGUAAAAUCAAAUUCUGAUAUAUUUAAACAACCAUCCUCGAGAAUAAUAGAUGCUAUCUUAGCAUCUGCAGAUGGAGAUAUCAGGAAUGCGAUGAACCAGUUUCAUAUGGCUACUUUAUUAGGUUGUGAAGAUUUACCAAUGACGAAAAUAAAAUCUGAAGAAAAAUCGACGAAACGAAAACGUCCGAAAGACGAACACAAACUGAAUUCGAUGACGAAAGAUCAGAAUUUGGGCCUGUUUCACGGCUUGGGCAGGGUGCUGAAUCCUAAACGAAGACUCAUAGGCACGUCCUGGCGGCUGAGCCACAACAUAGAAACGUUGGUCGACGAAUUUUCCGGCCAGCCCCAAACGUUCGCUUCGUUUCUAUUUGAGAAUUAUUUAAAGUAUUUUGGCGAUAUAACUGAUGUCGCCAAAUCAGCCGAGGUUUUGAGCUAUUCUGCGAGAUUUUUUGAGAAUUGGGAGAGGAACGAAACGUUGGUUUUCGCUUUGUGGAUAUCGGUAUUGGGGCUGAUGAUUUUUAACGAGCACCGGGUGUCCAAAUGGACGCCGAUUCGAGCACCGACUAAAAUAAAAACCAACAGGAUUCAAAAAGAAUUGAAUGUGGAGCUUAAUCCUGAAGAUUAUUUUUAUUAUAAUAUUAUUAAAAAAUCAGAUAAAUACCAUAGGUUUAAGUUAGAAUCUUGAAUUAUAUUUUAUUUAAUUAUGUUUAAUAUGGAGCAUUAAAUGAUUU